AUGCGUAAGGCGCUGCUGCUACUGAAGUCGGAAGGCCUGCAGGCGGGCAGAGGCGAGGACGGCGUUUUCCGUGUUCGACAGAAUAUGGCAGGAAGAGGGACUGGAGUUGCUGCUACCAGUCAGCAGCCCCCUACUCUUGUCGUUGGGGACGAAAUUGCAAGACGGUUAGCCAAGACGAACGUGGACAGGUGGCUGGGCGCGGUAUUCUGCUUAAACACAUCCACACAGGGCUCCCCAGCGACAGUCACCCGCAGCAACAGGUCUGAGGUCUCGUCACUCCCGCGCUCUGGGACAAAACGCUUUCUCCUUUUCAGCGGUCUGCAGCACAACACCAUGUAG